UUUUUCACAGCAAUUAGUUGUUUGCCGUCACAUUACAAGUCUUCAUGCAUAUCUGUUGUGUGCUGUGAAUUAUAUAUCUGCUAUCAGAGUUUGCUUCCAGAACAGAGUGAACAAUGAUAACUUUAAUUCUUAUAGCAUUGAUUGCUUCUAUCUUGUAUUCGCUUUUAAUUUUCAGACCCAAAAACUUUCCGCCUGGUCCCCCAUGUUUACCAUUGGUGGGUACUCUGCCAUUUGUACCGUCUAAGAAUGUGCACUUCACCAUGGUUAAGAAGUGGAUAAAUGAUUACGGACCUGUUGUCGGCCUCAUGUUUGGUUCUCAUCCGGCAGUAGCUGUGAUUGGAGCAAAGCAAGUUAUGGAGGUCCUUCGCAGAGACGAAUUCCAAGGAAGACCUUACACCUUUAACGCAAAACACAGAUCUUUCAACAAGAGACUAGGGUUCUUCUUUACCGAUGGACCCUUCUGGCAGGAACAGCGUCGCUUUACUCUACGUCACUUGAGAGAUCUUGGGUUUGGGAAAAAGAGUUUGGAGGGCAUAAUUGUGGACGAGGCAGAAGUCCUGUUCAAGAAACUCUUAAAUGUUGAGAUCCAGAGAAAUGGAUUCUUUGGCCUUUCUUCCAUCAAUGUACUGUGGGCAGUUUUGGGUGGUGUACGACAUUCUCAAAAUGAUACAGAAUUUACGACACUUCUGCAGAAGAUAACAAAACUGUUUCGGACAGGAAAUCCAUCUGGUGACAUCAUAGAUAUCAUACCAUUUCUGAGGCAUUUAUUCCCUGACGUAGCUGGCUACAAGGACAGAAUGAUCGGAACUGUAUGUUCACAGAAUUACUUCCGGAAAAGUAUCCGAGAACAUAUGAAAACUCUUGAUGAAAAUGCACCUAGAGAUUUUAUAGAUUUGUAUUUGACCGAAAUGAAACAGAAUGACGGUACUAACAAUUCAUCAUAUACAGAGGACGGGCUAAUUAUGAUUUUGCUAGAUCUGUUCUCUGCGGGUGCAGAGUCUGUUGCUAACAGCCUGGAUUACGCUCUGCUUUAUAUGAUUCUGAACCCUCAUAUUCAGAAGAAGGUACAGGAAGAAUUGGAUACCGUAGUUGGACGCAGCAGAAGACCCACGCUGGACGACAAACCAAGACUGCCUUACGUGGAAGCUACCAUCAGCGAGGCGCUUCGAAUUAACCCAAUUGCUCCACUGACCCCAAAUCACAGAGUUCUGAAGGACACGAAGCUAGACGGAUAUGAAAUUCCCAAGGAAACAAUGGUCAUCAUAAAUAUCUGGAGCGUUCUGUCUGAUCCUGGUCAUUGGGGCGACCCGGAAGUUUUCAGACCUGACAGAUUUCUUGAUUGUAACGGCAAGUUUGUGAAAGACGAAUGGUUGGUCAAUUUCGGAAGUGGAAAACGAUAUUGUAUCGGAGAAUCGCUUGCAAAGAACGUCUUGUUCAUUUUCUUCGCAAGUUUCUUCCAAGAAUUUUCAAUUACCAUUCCAGAAGGGGAUCCGAGUCCAACCACAAUGCCUCAGCCUGGAUUUACAACAGCUCCUCACCCAUUCAGAAUGAAACUAAAGCAACGCAUGUAACCGGAAAACAAAAGGCCAAUGUUGAACACUGACCUUCUGGUAAUUCAUUAAAACAGUAGUUGUUAGAACAUACUGCACAUUCAAGGCGCGUUUGCAACCCUGCAAAUGCCUAUUACAAUCGCCACCUAUCCGUUUGUACGCUUGUAACAACAUAAAAACUGGGCGAACGGACUUUCAUGAAGUUUGACAAUGAGAAGUUUUAUAAAAAUUGGUUGACAUAUUUUGAACAAAACAUCACAAAGAUACAGGACACAUUAUUGUGAUUGUAUCUGGCGAAAGCACCAUAAUUUUGAGCUAUGUGUGCAUUUCCAAGCUUUUUUUUUCUCUCUUGAAGACAGUAACUGUGUAUUAUAACCACCACGUUGAGCCUAACAGAUAAAAAUUCCAAUUAAAGAUUUCCGAAACGCUUACUACAUUGCAUUUAGGUACUAUUGAUGGGAAUUUGGUAGACGUGAUAUUGUAUAAAACUACUAUUAACUGUUUUCAUUUUUUAAGGUAAUUACAUUACAUGAUUACAUCAUUUGAUAAAUAAAUGAACAAACCGAAAUAAUCUAAAAGACUGUCUGCUGCAUAUGAACUGAACGAUAUUCAACUUUAUUUUUCGAGUUUUGUUAAUUAGAAAUUUUGCGAAUUCGAAUACAGAAUGAAUUAUGAAAUUUAAAUAUUUGGUUGGAUUAUUUGUGACUGGAUUAGCCUAGAUAUUGAAUUUAUUAUUAAAUUAUACAAUUCCAUGUUCUUCUGAACAUAUGGGUGACAAUAUGUGAGUAAACGUCUAAUAAACAACAGCAAAUAUUCUAACAUGUGAUUCAAGGUGUGUGUUUACAACAGAAAUACGAAAACGGACAACAAAUUUUAUAUAUCCAUUAGUUUCAACCUUUCAUUGUUUUUUCUUUCUUUUAGAUUUGUACACGCUUCAUGUAGAGUAUAUUAAUGUAUCUGACACGAAUAUAUUAAAAGUUACUUUUGAGUUCCA